GUCAACAACACUUCAUCACAGUGCAUUUCUUCACAAAAACAGAAAAGAGAAAGCUUCGUCACAUAGGUUUUGUUUGAAUCGGAAAAGUAGAAGAAAGAAGAAUAUCAAAAUGGCGAGAUACGACAGAGCGAUCACAGUUUUCUCACCCGAUGGCCAUCUCUUCCAAGUCGAGUACGCUCUCGAAGCCGUUCGCAAAGGUAACGCCGCCGUUGGUGUUCGCGGUACGGACAACGUAGUUCUCGGUGUAGAGAAGAAAUCCACCGCCAAACUCCAAGACUCUAGAUCAGUGAGGAAGAUUGUUAAUUUGGAUGAUCACAUUGCUCUUGCAUGUGCUGGACUAAAAGCUGAUGCCCGUGUUCUUAUUAACCGGGCGCGAGUUGAAUGUCAAAGUCACAGGCUUACUGUUGAGGAUCCUUGCACUGUGGAGUAUAUAACCCGUUACAUUGCAGGUCUUCAGCAGAAGUACACACAAAGUGGUGGUGUAAGACCCUUUGGGCUUUCAACCUUGAUUGUUGGCUUUGAUCCUUACACUGGGUCACCUUCCCUGUACCAAACAGACCCUUCUGGCACAUUUUCAGCUUGGAAAGCUAAUGCAACCGGAAGAAACUCAAAUUCAAUCCGUGAGUUUUUAGAGAAGAACUUUAAAGAAACUUCUGGGCAGGAAACUGUCAAAUUGGCUAUCCGGGCAUUGCUUGAAGUUGUAGAGAGUGGAGGCAAGAACAUUGAAGUUGCUGUGAUGACCAAGGAGCAUGGUCUGCGUCAACUGGAGGAAGCUGAAAUUGACGCCAUUGUUGCUGAGAUUGAAGCAGAGAAAGCUGCUGCUGAGGCCGCAAAGAAAGCUCCCCCCAAGGAUACAUGAUUUUAGAUUUCUUUUGUUGGCUCUACUUAUUGUAAGCUAAAAUUGAUGCUAUCAUAUCUCUAAGAUUGAAACACAAAAAGAUCUGCUUAGGCUACCCAAGAGAUCCUUAGACAUGAUUUUCAUUUAUAUUUGUUUAGAUCGUGAAAUGUUCUUGUUGGGUUAUGACCUAACUUAAAAAUGAUUUCUUUUAUCGUU